UUUCGGCUAUUUAUUGCACCAGUCGCAGUCUCAAAAACAACAAAAAGAAAAGAAAAGAGUGACCACAGCGCAGGGAAGGAAAACGGGAGGGGAUGUAUCAAUGCAUUUCAUCAUCAUCAUCACCCCACCCCUACGUAUGUAGAUUGUGACAAAGUCACGCCACCACAUUAUCUAAGAACGACUUUGAUGCUCCGAUACAUAGAUACCAGGGUAUGCCCCACCCCCGAUCUCGAACGACACAACGGGGCGGGAAGGGAAGGUAUAGACGAGCGCGCGUGUUGUUGGGUAAGGCUGGACUAAGUGAACUUGCUUGGGUGGAUUGGGUGCUAGAUGAAGAGUUGAGAGUUGGUCACUACGUGGAGUACUAUGGGAUUGUGUGUGUAUGGCGUUCUUAAUACUUUCUUAGAUGUAAAUACUCCUCAGAUGUAUUUCAUGAUAUGUAAACUCCAAAACCACGCUCAAAAAACCACAGAAUUAAAAAGUUAAUGUGUGGUGACACUUGGGCCGCAGACAACAAACAUCGCACAUCAUCACAGCUCCCCCCUACACCUCCUCCUACAUAAACAACAUCCCUUUAAUUUUUUUUCUUCCCUAUAUUCCUCUUCCAUAUCCUUCUCAUUCCCGCAACAAAAAAAGAAAAAUAUCGCCCAAACCCGCCGCACCGCCAUCACACCAUGCCACCACACUAAACCAAACCGAACAAUCCAGACCAAAACAACCAAACCCAUGUCGCGUAUCGCAUCAAGUUUCACCACACCUCCCUCUCCACACAUACAUACAUACACAAACAGUUUCAGUUUCACAACUCCAUAGUAUGACCGCUUACCCGUCUCCCAUUCCGUUCGUUUUCUUGCCUAAAUAAAGAAAAUAUGGGAAAAAUCCCCCCUCCCUCUU